UGGACCGCGAUGUGAUAAUAAGCAAGCGACCCUCAAAACAAGCAUUCACGGAAGAACCCUUCGCUCAACAGAAAUGGUGACAACAACACUUUGAUCAGCAGUUUAUAAUCAUUCCCCCUUUUUAGAGUGAGCAAGCCAGCACAGGUGACUAUAUUUAUCUGUGUUUGAAUAAUAAAGUGUAAAGAGAUGGAGAACAGCAGCUUCCACAGCCAGCUCCUGUCCGUCAUGGACGUCGUGGCUCGGGCGGCUGUGGCCGAGAUAAACCGGCGUGUGGAUGAUAGCUGCGCGGUGCUCCGGCUGGAGGUCAGCCAGAGCCGCAGGGACAUCGAGCUGCUGCGGAGGAAGUGUGAGGGGAUGGAGGCCGAGCUGAGGAGGACCAGGAUCAGAGCCAGGAGGAGAGUGUUUUAUCCUCCAGCAGCAGACAGAUUCUCUCCUUUAGUCAGAGUAGAUCUGACCAAAGAGACACAGACGGCAGCUUGGGACAGACAGAUGGAGGCUGAGGUUCAAACUCAACCGAAGCAGUGUGCAGACGUGGAGCCUGGUUCUGAAGCAGAGCACAUACUGAUCAAAGUGGAGUGUGCAGAGGAGGAGAUGUGGAAGAACCACUCAGAGGACAAAAUCAAAUCUGAAGCAGAGCAGCCUCAGUGUUUUGAAGCCUCCCAACCUGCCGAAACGGACCACUUUGUGGAGUCUCACAACUCUGCUGAGAACUCAGCCGACCCUGGAUCUCUGAUGUCCCCGGCAGGUGGCUACAACACCUUCCGAGAUCAGCAGCUAAAUUUGAAUCGAAGUGAGGCAGAGCUCCUGGUGAAACACGAGAGAGAGGAAGAGCUGAAUGAGAACGCAGUUUCUCUUCAUGGAGAGGGAAAUUUUGCGACAGAUGAAGGUAACGGAGAGCUGUGGACUUCAGAUCAGUGGACUGAUGCUGCUGGUCCAAGCACUCUGUAUGCUGGGCAACAGUUUCCCUCUGUUUUCCCGUCUCAAAGUGGGUUACAUUUGGAGGAAAUGGAGUCUCAAAUUCAAUUAGAGAAAUCACAUUCAGUUGUUGAGAGUGCAGCAAGAGGUAAAAGAGGGGCCAGAACGUUUGGAUUUAAGAGACCCCUACAACAUGAAGGAAAUAAUACUUCAUCUCAGUUCAACACAAUGGAUCAUUCCUUAAUCUCUCAGCAGUCACAGCAUCCAUACAGACACUCUGUGCCUCACACGGGGCACCAACGAGUGGAUAUGACAUCGCAAAUCCAAGCUUCCACCUCUUCUUAUGGGCAAGGUCGUGCAAGUUUGGUCCUGACCAGGAGGAUAAGGAAGCCCUGGAGGCCCGCCGUCAAGGAGAAGAAAUUCAGCUGCACGUUCUGUGCCAAAUCGUUCCAUAAAUGCUGUCAGCUCAAAGAGCAUCUGAGGAGUCACACAGGGGAGAGACCGUUCAGCUGUGAGCUCUGCGGCAGGAGCUUCGCCAAACAGUGCAACCUCAUCAGACACGCAGUGGUCCACAGCGGGGAGAGACCCCACGAGUGCUCAGUGUGCGGGAAGUGCUUCACCCAGCGCUCCACCCUCAAGUCCCAUCAGAAAACAGCACACUGAGACCACAGGGUUUUAUUUUAUAUAUCAGAUUCCUGAAGUAAUCAAUGUGGCCUUUUGUUUUAUUUAUAUAAAAGAAUAUUGUGCGUUUCCCACAGAAUUAAGCUGCACAGUGGAUGUACAGUAUGGCCUCACCCUAUUUAUCAGGUUAUGUUACAAAUGAAUAUUAGGUUCCUAUACAUUUUAAUGGGGCUUUUAGGGGUGCCGGUGGCCUAGUAGUUAGAUUAAGUGCCCCAUGCACGGAGGCUUUACAUGGACGGCCCGAAGCAGGCGACCCGGUUCAAAUCUGACUUGUGGCUCCUUUCACAUCAUGUCAUGUAAAACUUUAACAUCGGUAUCAUUGCCAGACAUUUCAAGACAUCAAUCAGACAUUCAAUUUUCAGGUCAUAACUUGAGUUGUACAAUUCAGGGGGUCUUGAUACAGCGUUUCAUAAUUUGUAUGUUAGUCAGAGACAGGAGAGGGGCAAUCCACCAGGCAACUUAUUUAUUUUGUCAAAUAUUUUUUUCCAUUUUGCAUUUUACAAGUCCUUAAUCAGUCUCAAGAAGAAAGUCAAUCUUUCCAUCGUGUGAUUCUCUAUAAUGAUUUCGAGUCAGUUAUCUACUGUGGGUGGAUGAGUCUGUAACCAUUUACGGGCGAUGGCUUCUUUUGCUGCUACUGUAACUAUUACAUACUACUGUAACAGAAGGUAUCUGUCACUUCCUGUUAUUUGGUCAGGCAGAUCACACAAAUAAAGUGAGAUGAAAGUUAAUGGGAA